CCCAAACAUCAUUAUCUUGAACAUUAUCCUGUUCUUAUCAAAAAAUUUGGACCAUUGAUUGAAUUCUGGACAAUACGAUUUGAGGCAAAACAUUCGUUCUUUAAAAGAGUGGUUCACAACACUGGCAACUUCAAAAAUAUUCUGCACACUUUGGCCACAAGACAUCAACUUAUGUUGUCAUAUUAUUUGGAGAUGCCAACUAUUUUCAAAUCAAGCAUUGAAACUGGGCGAGUAUCAGAUGUGUCUGUCGGCAUCUUAGAUGCUGCCAUCAGAGAGGCUCUAUGGAACAAGUUUAAAGGUCUGGACUCUGUUUCACUCACCUCCACUGCUUAUGUAAAGGGGACAAAGUAUUCUAAAGGAAUGGUGCUCUCAGUUGGACAGACAUGUGGACUGCCAGAUUUUGGGAGAGUAUUGGAGAUAUGUGUAGUGGAUGGCUGCAUAUCAUUCAUUUUGGAACUAUUCGCAGUGACCUUCCUGGAGCAUCUAAGGUGUUACCAGCUCACCAGAAGAGACCCUGCAGCAACUGUGGUUGUUGACCCUGACGAUCUGAAUGACUACACCCCACUUGCUGCAUACCCUGUUGAAGGAAAGCUGCUCAUCACUCCAAGGACGUUCAUGUUACAUUAAGUUACUGCUGCCUCAUCAAUGAUGCUUCUCCAAGUCAUUGUCUCACCUCAGGAAAUAAGAUGUUCCCUCAUCAGUUGAUGAGAUAUGUACAGUACUGCGUAACACUCUGGGACUCCGAGGGAGCUUUCUUUUAUAGUUUGAAGAUCCAGACUUUGGGAAUGAGCUCUGCAGUUUGACUGAUAUCAAGGAUCUACCAACUGAACGAACAACACUGAAAGUCCUCUUUCAGUGUUGUCUGAACCACAUUCUGACUCAACAUUAGAUACUGCAAGCCCCGGUCCCCCAAGUAGUGCAGAUCCAACAGAAGGGUCUGAACCAUUUAUUAUUCCACAUUUCUCUCAUGAUGUUGAGUAUCAGCUGAGGGUAGCAAAUGAUGCCUGUGCCAAUGAUGGAGCUGCGAUGGUUGUCUCAAAGAGUGUAAUACUGGACAGACUGGCUGAUUGCAUCACCAAAAUCACUCCCUAUCCUACUAGAGACAACAUAGAAAGCGCUGGUGGUCAAGCACCCUUGCGUGAGGGAGCCAGGUUCUGGUCAAGGAUGGUAUUUCUGGAAGUUCAGCUUGUAUUCAAGAUGAGCAAUUAUCAGAGGAUGAUGGCAGCUGGAUGCCCAGAAGUUCUGGUAAAUAAAAGAAAAAGAGGAAAAAGAAAUGGCAAGCCACUCAAGAAGUCAAAAAAGGGAGAGAUCCACUAUUUGCCACAGCCACCUGAGGGACAAAUUGCAGUCAAAGCAGAGAAGGAUCACAAGACCAUGGCUCUAAAAGUGCAGAAGAAAGAUCCAGAUUUACAGGUCCUGGAUGAAUUGAUGACUGCAACAUUUGCACAGCAGAGACAAGAAAUAAUCAGUGAUGAACCUCUCAUCUUUGUUGUCAAGGACAGAUGGCCUGCAUUGUUUAGUGAGCGACAGCUAAUUGCAGAGUUCUGGAGAAUUGUCACCAAAGACCUGCUGGAAUCCUUUUUGGGUGGACGUGAUGCCUUCAUGCUCAGUCUUCUACAACUUUACAAAACAGCUGCUGCAUCGGGCAGGAGGUUGGCCCUGAGCAGCAUUUUGGAUUGCCUUCAAAAGGAGGACGUAAACCAAAACCAAAGAACAGCUGCCCUUCUUGGUCUCCUGUGCUACUUUUCAGACGAUUCCUCCAACAUAAUCAGGAAGUGUAAUGCUCAUGGUGAAACCCUCGACGUGAUAAUGAGCGGGAUGGAAGUCGGACUGCUGAUCGGACAUGAAAGCCCUCUGCAGGAUGCAUUCCCUUUAGAGGUCUUCAAUGUGGCUGUGGUAGCAGAGGAAAAGAUCAUCCUAGAUGACAUCAGAGAUGUGCCCACUGGCUUUGCUGUGUUACUGGGCACCAUCUACUGCCUUAACCUUGAGUACCCACAAAAUAUGAGGUACUCCUUUGAGCUCCUGCAGAAGGUCAUCAUGAACAUUAAACCAGACCAAUGCUCUGCAAGAGUCCAAGGACUAAGAAAUAAACUGCUUAGAUAUCGUGUGUAAAAAUUUAACUUGUGUUUAAAUAACACCAAUGUUUUUUUGAUUGUUUACAAUGUUGAGCAUUUUUGUUCUUUGUUCAUAAAGUUUUAUGAACCUGCCUACAACUCUACCUCACCUUCUCCGUGUCUGCAACCUUCUUCCUCCACUCAGUCACUCUGUCUCUCCUCCCCACGACCCCAUCUUCUCUUGCUACAACCCCACUUUCUCCAUCCCCCUCCCAUGUGUUUUGCUAUCUGGUUGUGAAAGCAUGGUGUUAAAAUUU